CGGAAUAUGGGCGGGAGCCACUCCCACAGGCCCCCCGCGUUUGACGAGAAUGAGGAAGUCAACUUUGACCACUUCGAGAUCCUGAGGGCCAUCGGGAAAGGGAGCUUCGGGAAGGUGUGCAUCGUGCAGAAGCGGGACACCAAGAAAAUGUUCGCCAUGAAAUACAUGAGCAAGCAGCAGUGCAUCCAGCGGGGCGAGGUGCACAACGUCUUCCGCGAGCUGGAGAUCAUGCAGGGGCUGGAGCACCCCUUCCUCGUCAACCUCUGGUACUCCUUCCAGGACGAGGAGGACAUGUUCAUGGUGGUGGACCUGCUUCUGGGCGGCGACCUGCGUUUCCACCUACAACAGGGCCUGACCUUCCCCCAGCAUGCCGUGCGGCUCUACAUCUGCGAGCUGGCCCUGGCCCUCGACUACCUGCAGAGGGUACACAUCAUCCACAGAGACAUCAAGCCCGACAACAUCCUUCUCGAUGAGCACGGCCAUGUGCACAUCACGGACUUCAACAUAGCAACCAUGCUGAAAGGAACAGAGAGGGCGUCCUCCAUGGCUGGGACCAAGCCUUACAUGGCUCCAGAAGUCUUCCAAGUGUCUGUGGACGGGGGCCCUGGGUACUCGUACCCUGUGGACUGGUGGUCCCUGGGCGUCACAGCCUAUGAACUCCUGCGGGGCUGGAGACCCUACGAGAUCCACUCAGCCAUGCCCAUCGAUGAGGUUCUCAGCACGUUCCAGCUGGAUCGAGUCCACUACUCCACCAGUUGGUGCAGGGGCCUGGUGGCCCUGCUCAAAAAGCUCCUCACCAAGGACCCCGAGAGCCGCCUCUGCAGCCUGGGGGCCAUCCAGAGGGCGCCCUACCUGGCCGACAUCAACUGGGACGCCGUGUUCGAGAAGACGCUGUCCCCUGUCUUUGUACCCAAUAAAGGGCGGCUGAAUUGUGACCCCACGUUCGAACUUGAAGAAAUGAUUCUGGAGUCCAAGCCACUCCACAAAAAGAAGAAGCGGCUGGCCAAGAAGCACUCCAGAGACAACAGCAGGGGCUGCGCCCCGCAGAAUGGACGCCUGCAGCAGAGUCUGGACGCCGUGCGCAAGGACUUCAUCAUCUUCAACAGAGAGAAGCUGCAGGGGCAGCGGGGAGCCAAUGGCCAGCUCCCAGGCCCCGAGGGCCAUCCUCAGGACCAGGACAAGCGGGACCGGAAGCCGGAACAGAAGCAGGACGGCAGCAACAACAACCUCUCCCCCCACCCCUGCUCCCAGGGCUGCAGAAGCUAAGCCACCCAGGCCCGCACCCCUACACCAGGCUCCCCUCCCCCAAGCACCAGCUGCAGACAGAGAGCCCUGGCUUCUGAGGCCUGGCUCCAGCCUGGCUCUGUGCCUCAGUUUCCCACGUUCCAAAGUGGGG